AUGUCCGCUUGCGAUCUUCCGCAAGACCUCAUCUUCGAAAUCCUCUCAAGACUCCCAGUCAAAUCUCUCGUCCACCUCAAGUCCGUAUCCAAGCCGUGGCUCGCCCUGAUUAAGAACCCUAACUUCAUCUCUCUCCACCUCAAUCGCACCGCCAUGAACCCAAAUAACGACGCUGUAAUCAUCUACAGUCUCUCUCUAAGUCAACACCAUAUCAUGUCUCUCUUGUAUGUCAAUUCCAUUGACAACAAACCCAUCAAUCUCGACCACCCUUUGCCCCAAAUCUUCCCCCGGAUGGACUUGGUGGGUUCGUAUAACGGCAUAGUAUGUCUCAGUUGCCCACCUAACGGUCGAUUGAUCACCCUAUUGAACCCUGCAACGACACAGUACAAGGUGAUCCAACUGUUGAGCACAAGUUACAAUUUAGAUGAUGUUUAUAGUGUUUCUGUUGGCUUCGUAUUCGACCCAGUUGCCAAUGAUUACAAAAUCGUAGUAAUUUUGCAUAUGAAUCUGGAACUGCCAAGAGAGAAAAUACGAGUGAAAGUUGAAGUGUACUCGGCGAAGAACGAUUCCUGGAAAAUGAUUGAAGUUGAAACUCCGUUUUUCGUCAGCCGGACUAGGUGCAAUGCGAUUUUGAAGGGAAGUCCCUAUUGGACCGGCUUUAUUAGAGAUGAGGAGGAAGUAUCUGGAAUUCGUGAGGUUUUUGUACUUUUCGACCCACAGAAUGAGGUCUUUGGGCUAUGUCCAGUGCCGGAAUAUCCAGAACAGUUUACUUGCAACGAGGGUCCGGGUAGGAAGAUUGGACCAAUUCCGUUAAAGGUGGUGACGCUAAUUGAAUGUUGCAAGAAUGGAGAGAUUUUAGCAGAGGGCACUGAAGGAAAGUUGUUCCUGUAUGAUCCCAAAACUAAUGGAGUUAAGGACAUUCUCAUUGAUGAAGUUCGGGCGAAUUCAUAUAAAGCUUGUAGCUACACAGAGAGUUUAGUUUCAAUUGAGGGGAUGAAACAAGUAGGACAGAAGGGAUAGGUAAUCGUUAUGUAUAUUACCACUGUAUGCGAUUCUGAACCCUUUCUUCAAUUCGUUAAUGUUUUUUACUGGUGGGGAAUUAUGCUUUUGCUAG